CACCAAAAGGGGGUGGGAUUUAGAGAUGUGUUCUGGAGGGAAAUUCAGUGAUUGGCUUGAAAUCUUAACAGGAUGUCAACCAAUGGGCGACUAGAACUUUCGCUUAAAAGCAGUACCUCGAAACCUAGUUUUUCCAUUCUUUCAACACUAUUUAAAAGAACAGUUAUAACUGAAAGUAAAAAUGAGCGGAAGAGGCAAAACCGGAGGCAAAGCAAGAGCGAAAGCCAAGACUCGCUCAUCCAGAGCAGGACUGCAGUUCCCCGUCGGCCGUGUUCACAGGCUUCUCCGCAAAGGCAACUAUGCUGAGCGCGUCGGUGCUGGUGCUCCUGUUUAUCUGGCGGCUGUGCUCGAGUAUCUUACCGCUGAGAUCCUGGAGUUGGCUGGAAAUGCCGCUCGGGACAACAAGAAGACCCGCAUCAUCCCCCGUCAUCUGCAGCUGGCGGUGCGCAACGACGAAGAGCUGAACAAACUUCUGGGCGGAGUGACCAUCGCUCAGGGCGGUGUGCUGCCCAACAUCCAGGCUGUGCUGCUGCCCAAGAAGACCGAGAAACCCGCCAAAUCCAAAUAAACGGACUCAAAUCUGCCUUAUUGAAACCCAAAGGCUCUUUUAAGAGCCA